CAUCGUUUUCUCCUUCAGUAAACUUAGCAGUACCCAAGUCGUCUCUUCGCCGCGCACGUACGCGUCCUCGCGGCGUAUAAUCCUUUCUUUUUCUUAUCACUUCCAAAUCCAAGUGUACAGAUCGGCCUUUUCGUGUGCAAGGGAACGCUAUAAGCCUAUCCGGAUCGGUUCUGCUCCGGCCGGCCAGCGGCGGAGGUUGAAAUCAAGAAAUUCCCAGCCGCACUAGAGGGAAAGCGCGGCUCUAGGGCUGCCGCCGCGCCGUAAGAGUCACCGCGGGCGCCUCAAUCACGCCUCCACCCCCACCCCACCUCACCCCCUCCUCCCGCCUCUCACGCGCGUCGCCGUUCCCGUUCUAUCUCACCGGGACAUCGUGUUCCUGCUGUCUUCACCCCGUCCCAGUCUUUGGCCAUCGAGGUUGGGCUACCCAAAUAAUUUGUCUCUUGCUGCAUUUAGCUAAUCCGUCCUUGGAAAUGGCAGCACCAAAGCCCAUUACUCGCCUUAUUUCCCAUGUCAUUCUUGAUUUGGAUGGUACCCUCUUAAACACAGAUUGCAUUGUAAGCCAGGUGCUGAAACCAUUUCUUGUUAAAAAUGGGAAAAAGUGGGAUAGCAAGAAAGCUCACAAAUUUGUUGGAAAGACACCUUAUGAAGCUGCAGCUGUUGUUUUAGAAGAUUACGGACUCCCUUACUCCACCGAAGAGUUCCUCUCCUUGAUUAAUCCAAUGUUCAGCGAGCAAUGGGGCAACAUAAAAGCUCUUCCUGGAGCUAAUCGGUUAAUAAAACAUUUGAAGAGCAGCAGGGUGCCAGCUGCUUUAGCUUCCAACUCUUCAAGAUCAAACAUUGAAUCCAAAAUCUCGUGCCAUCAAGGAUGGAAAGAGUAUUUCUCUGCAAUUGUUGGUGCUGAUGAAGUAGAGUCAGGAAAGCCAUCCCCAGAUAUAUUUCUGGAAGCUGCAAAAAGGAUGAAUGCUGAUCCUUCAAAUUGCCUAGUAAUUGAGGAUUCCGUGCCAGGUGUUACGGCUGGCAAAGCUGCAGGAAUGCAUGUCAUAGCUGUCCCUUCAGUACCCAAAAGGACCGAUGAAUUCAGUUCAGCUGAUGAGAUUAUCAACUCCCUCCUCGACUUAAGGCCUGAAAAAUGGGGUUUGCCACCCUUCAAUGAUUGGAUUGAAGGUACCUUACCAAUAGACCCAUGGUUUAUUGGUGGACCUGUGAUCAAAGGAUUUGGCCGUGGUUCUAAAGUACUAGGAAUACCAACAGCGAACUUGGCUGCAGAAAACUUUUCCGACAUACUGUCGGAUCAUACAUCAGGUGUAUACUUUGGGUGGGCUGGACUUCCGAAGCGAGGCAUAUACAAGAUGGUCAUGAGCAUCGGCUGGAACCCUUAUUUUGAUAACACAGAGAAGACAAUCGAACCAUGGUUGCUUCAUGGUUUUGAUGAGGACUUCUAUGGAGAGGAGCUGCGCCUUGUUAUCGUUGGGUACAUACGACCUGAGGCAAACUUUCCUUCGCUCGAGAGCUUGAUAGAGAGGAUUCAUGAGGACGGGAGAAUUGCAGAGAACGCCCUAGAUUUGCCGGAGUAUGCCAAGUACAAAGAGUCGCCGUAUUUGAGAAACCCGUUGCAACAGGGUGCUGCUACUGGCGGGAACGAGGCGGAGCAAGAGUUUAUAUAAGCGACCCGACGCUUAGAAGCGCUCAGUGAGACGCCACCGCACAUUCUCUACUUCGGAGAUAAAAGACAUUAGCUUCUGAUUCAGAAACGAUGCCACUAUUUUAGGAGUAGCGGGGGUACCACUGCUUAUGGCCGGUUUGGCCACUUGCCCAAACACAAACAGGGAUGUUGAUUGCUCUUCUAUACUGUGUAUACUUGGAUUCCCAUUAUACAAUUUAUACAACGAGAAUUGUGAAGAUGGCAUACUGUGAGUGGAAAGCUUUUACUAGUUA